GCGCUGUUCACUGAUUGGUUGUUCAACUGUCACGUGGGCGUCUCGUCCCGACUCCACUUUAACGCACAUCGUUUCUUUCUGUUUUGAUUUCUAAUUGCGUUAGGGUUUUCCUCGUUUUCGGAGCAACAUUCUUUAUCGGCCCAGCAGUCAUUUAUUAGAUAUGAAGUGGUUUAUUUCCAUUUGUGUAUGUUUGUUUGCUCUCUGCUUGGCUGAAGCUGCAGACAAGAAAGAAGAGAGGAAAACGAAAAAAUUGCAAAUUGGAAUAAAAAAGAGAGUUGAUCCAGACAAAUGCAAGGUGAAAUCAAAAAAAGGCGAUGUGUUAAAGAUGCAUUAUAGUGGCAAGCUUGAAGAUGGUACUGAAUUUGAUAGCAGCUAUUCAAGAAAUGAACCAUUUGUAUUUACAUUGGGUGCUGGUCAAGUGAUAAAAGGCUGGGAUCAAGGUCUUCUGGGAAUGUGUGAACAAGAGAAAAGGAAACUAGUAAUACCUCCAGAUAUGGGCUAUGGAUCAAGAGGAGCACCUCCUAAAAUUCCAGGGGAUGCUGUUUUAAUAUUUGAAGUGGAACUCAUUAAAAUUGACAAAAAAGAAGAACUUUAAACAAAGACUUCAAGCCAUUUAUACUCAUUUCAUAAAGCAAUCUUUUUCUUUAUACACACACACAAGCACACGUGUACAUGCAUAGAUAUAAAUGGAGACUUUACUCAAACGCCAUCAAUUUUUUUCUAGAUAUU